AUGGCCGAAAAGCUCACGGAUGCGCAGGUCGCAGAUCUGCUGACCAUCCUACGAAGCGACUCUUCUCUCGACGCCAAGGUCCAGUUCGUUACCGUCAUUAAGUCUGGCAUCAAACAACACAACGUUCCCGAGAGCUGCCUUCCCCAGCUGUUUGACGGUCUGCGCACCGCAUCGUCCGCCCAGCAUGCCGCUCUCGUCAACGCUGGCUUCACUGCCCUCAAUCACCUCCUGACCCGGUUGUCGCGCCAGGACCCCAAGCUCCUCGCUCGUGAGGCUGCCCGCACCUUGCCGCUGAUCAUUGAGAAGUUGGGCGACCAAAAGGACAAAUACCGGAGUCUAGCGGCCCAGUCACUGAAUACGCUUUAUGCCGCCGCACCUGCUGAUGCCGAGCGCUUUGUGCGCAACUCGGCGCUGGGAGGCAAGAAUCCAAGAGCAAAGGAGGGCGGCAUGCAAUGGCUUUUGCAGGUGAAUAAUGAGCUCCUUACAAAUCCAUUACCCCUAUUGGAGCUGGCUACACACCAGGAACACGGGCUACCAUUUCGAGGCUAUGUCCCUUUGCUUAUGGAAUUGCUCGAAGACGCCGAUGGCAUGGUUCGAGACACUGCCAAGUCCACCGUGAUUGAACUUUUCAAAACCGCCCCAAACACGGCGAAAUCUGAUCUCAAGCGACAACUCAAGAAUUUCAAAGUUCGUCCCGCUAUUGAACAAGCCAUUGUGAAAGCACUGGCUCCCACAGGCGGUCGCCCAGAAACCCCUGCCGACCCUGCUCCAUCCCAACCAUCACAACCGAGCCGGUCAAACCUGGCUGCUAGCGUUUCGUCUCUUGCAAGCGAACGACCCAUCACUCCCAUGCCAGACGCUGCUGAAGCGGUCGACCCGCAGUAUGUUAAUACCAAUCGCGAGCUCGACGACAUAUUCAAGGACAUGGCCUGGUUCUUCGAGGGCAAGGAGACAGAACAGAACUGGAUGAAGCGCGAACAAUCCGUCAACACUUUGAGAAGGCUCAAUGCCGGUAAUGCGGCUACCGAUUUCCAGGACGCCUUUGUGAGCGGAUUACGGACCAUGCUGGACGGCAUUAUCAAGACCAUAACUUCACUGCGCACGAGUUUGUCCAAAGAAGGGUGCGGACUUAUCCAGGAGAUCGCCAUCUCGUUAGGUCCAGCCAUGGACCCCAUGGUGGAAUUGCUCAUGCAGACGCUCGUCAAACUCUCUGCGGGUACAAAGAAGAUCAGCUCACAGAUGGCCAAUGUGACAGUCGAUACCAUCAUUAGUCGCGUCUCUUACAACCAACGAUUAAUGCAGCACAUCUGGGGUGCGAGCCAAGACAAGAACAUUCAACCUCGAACGUAUGCAACGGGCUGGCUGAAGACUGUACUGAAGAGGGAGGCUGGUCAUAAGAGCCAUAUUGAGCACACAGGUGGUGUGGAUCUAAUGGAAAAGUGUCUUCGCAAAGGUCUGGGAGAUGCCAAUCCUGGUGUGCGAGAAAAAACGAGAUCUGCUUUCUGGGCCUUCUGGGGUGUAUUCCCCGCCCGGGCUGAUGCCAUUAUGGCGGACCUCGACUCUACGGCUCAGAAGCUACUGAACAAGGACCCCAACAACCCCAACUCUCCUAAGAAGAUAGACGCACCGGCUCGGCCCGGUCUUGGGUUAUCUAGGAGUACCAUGACUUCCAGCAAGCCAAGCCUCCGAGAGGCUAUGAUGGCGCAGAAAAAGGCUCUGGCUGCCAAGAAUCUUCCAGCAAGACCCGGCUCGGCCAUGGCUCACAUCUCUUCACCUGUCCGAACAACGUCGAAUGCCUCAACUCACUCUACAACGUCCACCAAGUCUACCGCAACGAGGACUCGCCCCGAAUCGACCCUGUCCGUCAACGCCGGAGGCAUGUCGGUGGCUCCCAUGCGGCCAACACGCCGUCGACCAGAAUUGGCUGCCCGUCCAGCAACUGCUGGCCCGUACUCGGUUCGCGACCGACCAGGCCUGGAAGCUGACAGCCCCGAGAGUAUCAAGUCCAAGCAUGUCACUCCCAAGGCGCCCAAGGCUGUAACACCCAAGAAGACGCUGCCAAAGACUCGCCCUGGUCACUCUUCUCAUGCCAGCGAAUCUAGCAUCCCGUCCCCGACCUUCCCAUCCGCUCACAAACGCAUCGCUUCGCCGCGUACUAGCCCUGUAACGCUGAAGCACGCUCAGACAUCGCCUUCCGCAGGUAAUCGGGCCGUCGCAGCCCACAACGAGGAUGACUCGAUACCAGUACCAAAUUUUGCCAGCCUGCACGUCUCUGCUCCCGAGCAACUGGCGAAGCUCCAGGCCUCUCCGGAAAUAGCGAGAGCUUCACCCGUAGCGGCAACAACCCAGGCCAGCAACCUGGAACCUCAGGCGGAGACACCAUCUCGUACACUCAAGGUUUAUGAAGACCCGUUUACUGAUAAUGUCCCGUCUGCUACGAAGCCGACUUUCAACGUUCCAGUUUUGGAGGACAAACCCGUGAAUGAGGACGCAGGCAGCCUGCCCAAGGCAAAUGGGCAGUCACCAAUGCCAGAUCAGCUGGAUUCUCCAGAGAAGACUCGACAAAAUUCUAGACUGCUGGACAGUGGAAUUACAAAGAUCAAAAACAAGAACCUCGAAGUCCAUGGCUUCCGCAAACUCCAGUCUCUUAUCCGCGACAGUAAGACAAUAUUCACGGACGAGAAGUUUGAGGCCCUGCUACUGGGCCUCUUCCAGUAUCUCGAGGACCCGCUCCCUGGCAUUCCCACCGAAAAGGUGCAAGAUGUUAAGGCUCAAAUAUUAUCGACAAUCAAACUACUUCUUAAGAAGGAGAGAGAUAACUUCCAACCGCAUGUCUCCAAGGGGCUAGAGUCACUGCUUGAGACUCGCGGGGCGUAUGACACUCGCGCUCAUGUAGUCAGUGGACUGGAACUAUUGGCUGACGAACUUGUCGCUAUCGGAGACGGUUCUGAAAUUGUCGUUGUUCUCUCCAAGCGACUCCAAGCCUGCACGGAUACUACGAUCGAGGGGUGCCGAACCCUAAGCAUGGGUCUCCACGUGCUGAAAGAGAUGCUCGACAUGCGCGCCGACUUUGUCCCUACAGACAGCGAACUCAUGCAGUUAACCGGCCUAUCGAGUCGCUGCCUCGAGUCGGCAGACUCCGGAGUUCGCAUGGACGCUGUCAAAUUCUGCGUUUCACUGCACGAUCGAGUUGGCGAUGCUGGGUUUUGGGACGCAUUCAAGGAUGUGAAGGAGGACCCAAAGAGUCUUAUCACGUAUUAUAUUGUUAAGAAGCAGCGAGAGCAAGGCGUUUUUGCUUGA